CACUGAGUCAUCCUGGGAGUCAGAUUGGCCAGAGUGUGUGUGUGUGAGAGUGUGUGUGUGCAUGAGUGUGUGUGAGUCAGCUGGUAUAAACACCACACCCCGUCCCGUCCUGGAUCAUAACGGAGCUGCUGCUGCUGCUCGCUGCCUCACUGCUGCUGCCUCUCUGAAGGUAAGGAAACAGACAAACGCUUCGUCUUAAACUGUUUUUUUUCAUGCAGAGAAUUCAGCCAGACUCGACUCGUCUCAUGCAGGAAUGUACGAUCAGCCUGCCAGCGCAGAGAGUAUGUGAGUGUUGGCACCCGGACUGCACAGAAACAUCUGUGGAGCGUCUCAGAGAGUCGAUCUUGAGUUUGUUAAAAGUUAUAAUCUCACUCAGGAGACUGUAGAUGUGAUAAUAGGCUGUUGGCAGACGGGUGCGGCGGGGUAAAGUCUUUCCCGCACACCCACUCGGCUCUGCGCUCGCCUGUAAUUACCAGAGUUUAAUGAUCAUGUCAUUUACGGAGGGGAGGAUCACAGCGAGGUGAUGGAGCACUGUUAUCUGGGAGCAGGAGCAACGAGUUCAUGAGCACUCUUACUCUCUCUUCUCUAGAUCUCCUCAUGGGUUGACCCUGAAAAAGUGAUUAAUGACUACAUUAAACUAGUGGUAGGUAGACUCAUCAAGGCAGCAGCCUCAGGUAGCCUCCUGUAAACCAGUCUUUAAAGAUUUCACUUUGAAAACAGCUGAGCAGAGCUGCAGAGGGGUGACUCAGUCAAAAGCAUUUUAUUGGCUGCUUUGAAACCAAACAUCCACUCACAAAGCUUAGUUUGACGCUGCAUUGUACAUUUGUGUCCACAGAAGGAGCAUUUAACACCGUAAAGCACAGCUCAGGCUCCCCGUAAACCUCUAAACUAAGAGUCUGAUCUGUUUUGUUUCCUCAAAUACGACGAGGAGUGAGGAUGAGGAGCUAAAGAACCACUUUGGUACAUGCUGUCCCGUUCACAACUCCUGCAAAUACAAGAACAAUUCUGCUUGUUGGUGUGAAACUCUGCAGUGACUGUUUGUCUUAGGUGUUGCUAGGUGACAGCGCGCCUACCCUAACAUUUUUCCUGUUCAUAUUUUGCAAUAGGGUCAGAGGUCAAAGAGCUUUCCGGUUCUCCUCAAACGUAUAAAACCCACUUGUAGAGUUUGGUGUCUCUAUCCGUGUUACGUAACAGUAACACGCUCAGUGCAGUUUGCUUUGUGAUCCAUUUUCCUUAUCUCUCAUCCCAGCCUCUCCUGCAGACACACCCUCUGGCACGUCCCGGUCAAUAAAUCAAACACACCUUUCUGUACCCUCUCUCUGACACACCACUGAUCGCUUGUUUAAGAGACUAAGGAGCUUUUUUUCAUACACUCUCCACACAGUUACACAAAAACAGGACUUUCAAAAGAUUCAUUCCCAUGUGACAGUUAAAAUGAGUGGGUCUCCUUUCAGUUCCAUUGGUGCAGUGACAGUUGUGCAACACAAACCACAUGCUAAUGAAUGAUGCAUGUGCAAAUCCUAUGAACAAAACUCAAGAAAAACCUCCGACAGUCAAGAGGAAGGGUCCAAACACUGGAGCUAUUAUGCUCAUCCUUGUUUUAAUAAACACAAAUUCAUACAGCGUUGGAGGUCCUUCUCUAACUUUGUCAAACUUUUAAAACAUGUUGGCGUGACCAAGACUUGUCCUGAACCUGGCGUGAGCUGUGCCGUCAUAUUUGGACCACGCUGAAGAACAGGCCGGUCCAAAAACUCUUUAAAACUUUCCUCACCAGGGACGUAAACUUCACCUUCAGACUUUCCUCUGCUUUGCACUUUGUUGAUUCAUUACAUCUUGGAAAGUUAUUUGGUUGGGAAGAAAAGACACGGCCUUUUUUCUUUAACAAAGACUAAAGCACAAGAAAACAGUGGGGUGUAGGGCUGGUCGAUAAUGGCCUCAAAUCAAUAUCACAUAUUUCAUAUUUUGGACUACAACAGCCAGACCGUAGCACUUUGUAUUCACCACAUCACAACCUGGGUUUAUGUCUCAGCAGUUACUGAAACAUGCAGUUGUUCCAUCGCUAAUAGCUGGUAUAAUUUUGAGUAAUUUCACAACAAAGCUGUGUGAAAAGUAACACCUAUCAGCUGUCUGUAUCAGUGGAGAAGCAGCCAAACAAAGGGUCCCACAGAAGCUGGAUAGCGCUGACAUUAAAUGAAGAUGAACAAGAACUGUUUUGAGCCGGACAUCCUGCAAACAAAGCUUCUUUACAGGUGUCAAAGACAGACAUGAUAGUAGGUGGAGGUGAGCCUUCAGCUGAGGCAAAGCAAACUUUGUCAAAAUGAAAUGAAGUCAAUGUGGAAACACCUGCAGCUACUAAAGUGCCAGUUUGAGGCUGACUCCAAAAACCAGGGAGACCCUGUUCACCCUCACAUCCAUGAAUGCCUCUUCUUACAGGACAAAUGAACGUGUUUACAGCCGGGUACAGAAACACUUGGAGGCUGUCUACCUCGUCUCUUUUCUACACUGCUCACUGAACUGACUCGAUUUUGUGUUUGGCGUCUCACAUCGUUAUAAACAUGCAACCUGCUCCGGCAUUACAACAAGAUAAACACACUUUCUUUAAAAAUGGCUCCAAUGGUUUCAAUAAGUCGUCUGUUUUUUGAAUCAUUAAGGCCGAAAGUUUAGCACGGUUAGACAUGAUGAGGGGUGUGGCUGUCUGUCUCAGCCCCACUUCCCUUUUUCUCUCCUGCCAAGCUGACUGAAAGUCAAUGUCCAGCUUUGUCUCUCUUGAUGAGUGAAGUCAGUGAGUCUACUUCCCUGUUUUUACAGUCUAUGGUUUUGACGAACUCUCCUCCUGGGUCGACCCAGAUGGGUCAAUGAAUGGACCUCGAUCAGCUUCACACAGGGAUAGAGCAGCCCGCUUUGAGGGCGUUUGCUGUUCAAAUGCUUUGCCCAUUCCAGCCCAUGAUUGUGCCCAUCGGGGCCUCAUUUUGAAAUCCCACCCUCAGCCAAUUCCCAGCUGAAGCCCACAUGACCAGGACAGUCUACAUAGUCUCACUGUGAUGUGUUGGCUGGGUGGGUCAUCACAGCUGCUGAACAAUCUGACUAACUCAGAGCAGUUAAAGGAUUUCCACAGGACAAACCAAGAGAAAUAUCUCUAACCCUUAAAAUUCAUUUUUUCUUUGACUUAAAUUAGACAUGCAGCUGUGGUGUCACUAAGUAAGUAAUUUCCAAAGAUACGCAUGUAAAGAAAUUGCUGCUUUUCCUCCCCAUCAAAUAGAAAUAACUUCAUUAAAUCAAACAUAAUUGACUCUUAAGACGGUUUAUUAUCCCAAACGAUUGAUUUCACAGAGUAGAGAAACCAGCAGACUUGAUAAGAUUCUACUAAACUCAGCGAAGGAAAUGUAACUUGCAGCAUUCCCAUUCAUUUGUCUGAUGGUAACGGGUUAUCACUUAUAAUCUUCGAGGAUGUCGUAACAUGUUCUGAACUGUUUAUCUCUGCAGGUCAACUCAACAUGGCGCUGGUGUCUGAAUUUCUGGGUCAGCUGACGCUGUCAUACGGAGGGGUGAGUCACCUGCUGACCAACAGUCCUGCAGUACUGAGAUCCACCUUAUCACCAGUUAUAAUUGUUACUUAAAUACCAUAAUAAAUUUGUCCACAUCAAUCAAUAAUUACUUGCUCCCACGGCAACAACCCAUUUCUGUUAUCUGUGUCUGUGAUGGAACUUAGUUUAUCUUGUUGGUUAUAUAACACUAACACUAAUGAUCAGACUCUGGUAUCUUUAUCACCUGAAGCUCUGCGAGGAUCUAUAGUGUUCAGACUCUAUACUGUUUACUGCCUCUAUAAAGCACAUAGGUGUGGUUUGUUCUCCACCCAGAGUUCAGCUGAUAAACUCAAGACGACAGACUUCAGGUCGAUCAAUCAUUAAUUCAGACUCAGAGUGAAAAUCAACUUCACAGUACAAGCAAAUAAAAGACACUUAAGAUUUUAAUCCGAACAAGGGUAAAAUAUUUCUUUAUGUCCAUGCAGGGGUUACGUUUUGAGGCCAAUCUUUAUAUCUUUAAUUUAACUUUACUCUUUAUCUUUUUAGCUCUUUCCUGACAGAAAGUUUCAACCCACUUUCAACUUUUACUAACGUACAAAGCUGUCUCUAAGUGGGACCACUUCAUACAUGACUACAUGAAAAUGCCCAUACUGUGAAAAUUAUUGUUUUAUGUACUGAAUAAAACAACUACUGCUGAGACCCAUUCGCACAAAAUGCACUUUAUAAUUCACUCACUUCUAUUCUUAGUCACAAAUGACAGAGAAACACUCGCACUGUCAAGCCAUGAUAAGAAAUGGUUAUAGGCCCAUAUUAGAGGAUAUCAUAUUUCUUACAGUGGAGUCACUGAUAUCAGAACAUGAUCCAAAGUCACCUUCAGCCUCUUAUGCUGCUGACCCAAGCGCAGAAUCAAAACACACCAAGACCAAACAAUCUGCAGAUAACAAUCCUUCCUCACAGUUACAUUUUCAUUUUCAUUUUGCUUGAAGUGUUGCACAUUUUCACCUGAAGGCCACAGUACCUUCUCCGUAAACGACGCAGUAACCUCCUUUUCUCCGUCUACAGGAAGCCGAGCCCAUAUACCCCACUGUGGUGCCAGUGCGAGACUUUGACCCGGCCAAAGACGCUGCCAGGCUUGAGACAGCCAUCAAAACUAAAGGUGAGAGAAAGUGAAGCCAAACUCCCCCUAACGUGAUAAAUGAAGAGUCAACUCCUUUAACUCUGAUGUGGUCAUGGGUUCGACUUCUUACAAAAAAAUAACUGAGGGUUUCUCCUGCUUUUGCUCUCCAUACUUACUCGUUUUCUUUCAAACACCAAAACCUGCAGAUACAAUAAAUCAGACUACAAACGUACUCAAGAAGCUAAACAGAUAAACACCUCUACAGUCUGGGUCCUCCUUUUCAUGUGCUGGUAAUCAUCUGUCUUCUUCUCUGUAAAUUCCAGUUUUUCUUUGAGUGCAGUGACUCAGACUUUUGAUUCCUUCCACACACAGUCAGAUAUCAGAUUACCGACUGGCUCCUGUCCACUGAUGAGCUGUUCAAACUGCAGCAGCAUGUUUCUGUGGUCAGAGUAGGUUUGUGUAAUGCUACUGAAACCUCCCGCACGGCACAGAGACUAUUAGACCUGUGGGCAGUUCAUUCAGGUCUGACUGUGGAUGUGUUUGUUUGUUUGGAGCUCUGAAGGAUUUUCCAGCUGCUGCUGUCACUUCCUGUGUGUGAGCUGCGGUAAAAGCAGGACGUCCCUGAGCAAAGUUUUCCCUUGUUUUGAAAAGACUGGAUAACACAGGCGAACGAUGAUAGGAGCAGAAGAAUCACAGAGGACUGAAGUAAAUAAAGUUCAAAGUCCCAGUGCCUCACAAACCACAGCUGAGAGUAUUUAGCUGUUAUGUAAGACAAAGAGUCUGGAUUUAAUAACACCGAGAGCUGGUUAGGUUUAGUAUUUUGACUACAAAUGUUGGAUUUGUUGACAUGGUUGCAUUGAAAGUGACACAAAGAAAACAUGUAUAUAAAUAAAAUAAAUUAAAUAAUAGAAAUUAUAAAAUACAUUUAAAGCUAUUCAACUCACUGAAAUAUCUUUAUUCAAUCCUGCAGGUGUGGAUGAACAGACCAUUAUCGACAUCCUGACCAGACGCAGCUACAUGCAGCGGAGAGAGAUUGCCUUUGAAUAUGAGCGAAUUGCCAAGAAGGUUAAGAUUGACUUUCUUUAAGUGUCACAUAAGAGCCUCAAACAGAGGAUGAAAAACUCAUCUCUUGGUACGUUUUUAACAGUUUUUGUGCCUCUGUGUCGUUCCAGGAUCUGAUUGCAGCUCUGAAAGCGGCACUGUCGGGCUCUCUGGAGUCUCUGAUGUUGGGUCUGAUGAAGAGCACUGCUCAGUAUGACGCCUCCGAACUCAAAGCCUCCAUGAAGGUCAGAGUCUGCAGAUUUAGGAAUUAUCUAAAUAUAUUACACUCCUAAAUAUAAAGUAAAGCACCAGUUUGGCCUAGUGGUUACCUUACAUGCCUCAUGAUGUGUAGUCCAGGGUUUGAGAUAAGGAAAAGCAUGUUCCUAUUUUCAAUCUGCUUAUUGGUCAAACUCUGCACUGAUUAUCACAGUUUUUUUAACCUAAUUACAUUCACCCAGUCUUUUGAAAACACAUUUUGUUUUACAUUUUGCACUUGGUAUAUCAUGGGAUCAAUGACUCAAAUACUUUUUGCUGUUUAAGCUUCAUAUAAGUGUAAAAUGAAACGUCUUACCUGUUGUUUGCAUCUCAGGGGCUGGGAACAGAUGAGGAGACCCUCAUUGAGAUAGUCUGCUCCAGGAGCAACGAAGAACUAGUGGACAUCAAGAAAGUUUACAAAGAGAGUAAGAUGGAAAAUUCAAUUAUAAUCAGUUAACCUGGUCAAAAUGAAGACAAUCAAUAUAAUAAUAAUAAUAAUAAUUAUUAUAAUAACUUUAAUUGUAUAGCACUUUUAAAAAAACACAUAUGUUUACAGUGCUUUGACAUGUAGUCGUAGAGCACAUGGAAAAAGACGAUUAAAAACAAAAAGCUCAGUAAAAACAGAAUUGAAGGAAAAUUUUCAUGUCAUAAGGAACUCAGACAAUACAAGAAUUCUGUAGGUUACAGAGAUAGACAGAUAUACAGACAAAUAUACAGACAAAACAAAGAACUUAAUCUCCUAUAAACAUAAUUAACUCUUUACCACCAUCUAGUGGCAGCCGGAGGAAACUACAAUAUAGUCACAAAAUGUAAUGUUAAUGACUGGGCGUUUUUAACAGCCCAACACUCUCAUAUUUAUAAAAGAUAACACUUAUUUAAUACAAAUUCAACAACAGUUUUGACCAAAGUCAUUUCACUAAUAUCUAAAGUUCUGAACGUCGCCUUUCGGCGAGUGUUUGUAGCAUGUUAGCUAGCUGAUGUCUGCUAACAGCGGACAGAUAUAACCGUUAACAUUAUUUACCUUCAUUUUCACACUGAGGUAAUUUUCUCUCCGCAGUGUUCAAAAAGGAGCUGGAAAAAGACGUCGCUGGAGACACUUCAGGAGACUUCGCUAAACUGCUGCUGUCUCUGGUUCAGGUUAGCUUGGAUACUAAGAUAACCAUGAUAAUACUGAUGCUAACCGUUAACGUGCUAACUUUACGACAUUAUCCACCGUCACAGUGCUUUGUUACCGCCGUUUUUAUCGAUACAGUUUCUCAAUGUGCUCAAACACUUUCACACACAAAUGCAUACACAAAAGACCAGUGGUGUGUCCCAAAUCGCAUACUUCCAGUACUCAAUACUUAAAAUUUUGAGUACACUCAACUCAAAAUGGAAAAAAGUAUGGACAGUAUGCGAAAAUUGAGUGGGCAAAAGUACCUGGAUGACGUACUCAAAUAGGUCAAGAUUUUAAGUAUCCGACUGUGGACACUCGCCCUCACUCAUUUCAUCAGUGAUAGUGGCUUUAUCCGACUGUAUUCAGGUGUUUUUUCAGUAAUUUGUUGAUCAUAUUGAUUUGAUAGAAGUAUAUAAAAGAAUGUAUCAAAUAUGACACAAAAGGCAAUAAGCAAUUGAAGACCAGAUCUAUGGUGUGUCCCAAAUCACAUACUUCCAGUACUAAAUACUUAAAAUUUUGAGUAUACUCAACUCAAAGUGGAAAGAAGUAUGGAUGGUAUGCGAAAUAGUAUGAGUAAUAGUAUUUGGGAUUAAAGCGAGGUUUUUCACUGAUUAAGACUUUUUACUUCUUCUACAGACAAAGAGAGAUGAGCCCUCAAAUGUUGUGGACUAUGAGAAAAUCGAUGAGGAUGCCAGGGUGAGUUUUUCACAACUUAAAACUAUUUAAAUAGUAAAUUAUUAUUUUUAUCCCCUUGUCCUUUUUGAUUUUGUUAAACACUUUGGCCUCAAAAAACUGUGUUUUAGAGAGAAUUCACCUUUAAAAUUAAAAAUUGCGACUUGAUCACUCUCUUUUCUCUCUAUGUGGAUCUCUCAGUCUCUGUACGAAGCCGGGGUGAAGAGAAAGGGAACCGAUGUGGCGACCUGGAUCACCAUCAUGUCCAAGAGGAGCGUUCCACACCUGCAGAAAGGUGAGUCGCACUAAUAAUCCUACAAAUAGAAAAUAUUUCUUUAUACUAAUCAUUCUUCUUAGCUGUUCAGGCUUUCCAAUCUCUAAAUGUUCCUUUUUUUCCACUCGUGUCUCUGUGGCAUCAGUGUUUGAGAGGUAUAAGAGCUACAGUCCGUAUGACAUGAAGGAGAGCAUCAGGAAGGAGGUGAAGGGAGAUCUGGAGAAGUCCUUCCUCACUCUGGGUAAGAAACACACUUUACAGAACAGAGGAACCGUCCUUCAAGAAAAGUCGAGUAAAUGUCUAUUUGUCGUCUCCUCACAGUCGAGUGCUUUGAAAACAGGCAGCUGUACUUCGCCAACAGACUCAGUGAAGCCAUGAAGGUACGCCGUCACUGUCCUUUCUGGCAGCUCCAUCCACCAUAUCAGCAAAAAGGGUAAAAGGAACUGUUGCAUCUCACCCGUUCAUGGUGUUUUUGUCUUCCUCUCUGCAGAGUAAAGGAGCGAAGGAAAAGGUGGUGACCAGGAUCCUCGUUUCUCGCUGUGAAGUCGACCUGAUGAAGAUCAGAUCAGAGUUUAAGAAGCAGCACAAAAGGUCACUUUACCAAACCAUCGCUGUGAGUACCAGUCUGCUUCAUCUCCACAGUUGGGGGGAACUUUAACAUUAGUUUAUUUUGCUCUAUGAUCUGAUCUGCAGAGAAGUAGUCAGAAAAGUUCAUAAAAUCCCUAAAAUUUGACAUUUAAAGCAUGUUAGUUAUACUCAAUCAUUUGUGUAACCUCUGGAAUAAAGUACGACACACUUACCUGUAAAAACAAACAGAUUUUUUAUGGAUCUAUGCACCUGUGUGCAGCACGCAUCAAAACAUUAUCUGAAACAUACUCAACAUUAAGACACUAUAACAGUAAAAAAAAUCUAUUUUAAAAAUCUUAAAAUUGUAUUUUUUUGUCAAGAACUUUAACAUUUUUCUGAAGUGUAUUUACCCAUAAUUCAUCUAUUUCUCUGUAUUUCUAUACAAAUUACUUAAUUUUUUUCAUAGUCGAUCGAACUGCCUGAAAGUUGUCCAUUGAUGUAUAAGUAGUUUUUUUUUGUUUUUACAUGUAAUAGUAAAGAUGAAAUGGUUUAUCACAGCAAACUCACUGCAGUGAAUGUAUGCUCUGAUACAGACCACAAGGUGGCAGUAUGCUCAUCCACUUCUGCUGACUCACAAACAGAAAGUGUUUUAUCAAAGAUGUAAAACAGAUGAUCUUUAUUUUUGUGGUUUUUUUUCAGGAGCACACUAAAGGAGACUAUCAGAACGCUCUGCUGAGUCUGUGCGGAGGAGACGACUGAGGCCUCUGCUCUGUCUGGACUCACUUUCCCAUCAGCCCCUUUGGUUCCAAACAUCUGCAGAUCUUCUUUCAGUAUUAGAGCCUUUCUCUUUGCAGUUAUAUGUGAAACAAACGAUCUCCUCUCCAUCUCUCCGAGCAGCUUCAAAUAAAAUAUCAAACAGAAA